UUAACAUAAAAAUUCCAAUUUACGAUUAAACACUGCAAGAAAUAACAUUCAUAAUUAUAACAGUUUGAAAUCCGAUAUAAUUUCAGCAAAGUAAGAAUAGCAGUUGAACUAUGUUUAUACACACGGUUCUUGUCAUAGGGCUGAUUCCGUUUACAGUCUUUAGUGAGGUGUAUAUAGCUAGAAGCAAAGAAGACUCUAAAUAUCUGAUUACUACAAUAAAUCAUCAUCAAGGUCCAGAGAAAAUACCACAAUUGCUCCGUAGCUACCACAGUCAGCAAAUACCGGUCCCCACACGGUCUCUUGCUCCAAGAGUACGGCAAACCACUUCCACACCUAGAGAAAACCGCAUACCAGAACCUGCUAGGGAAAACCACAUACCACAACCCGCUACAGGCACUCUACAACCCGCUGCUGAGAACUAUAUACUACAACCCGAUACAGGGAUACUACAAACCGUUACAGGGAUACCGCAACCUGCUGCAGUGAACCAUAUACCACAACCUGCUACAAGGAUUCCACAACCUGCUGCAGAGAACCAUAUACCACAACCUGCUACAGGGAUACCACAACCCGUUACAGGGAUACCACAACCUGCUGCAGAGAACAAUAUACUGAAACCUGUUAAGGAGAACCAAAUAUCAUUACUACCUUUUAGAACACAAGAGAUACCAGUAUUACAGGGUUCCCAGCCUAAUCAUAGAGUUGAAGAGCAACAACAACAACAGCUCCGGCAUCAACAGUAUCGACCUUCACCACAACAGCCUCCACAACCAAUACAGCAAACUCCACACAGAGAUCAUACUCUUUCAAAGUAUAUUCCGAAGGUCUGGGAUUAUACUGAACACAAGAAACUGAAAGAAGGAAUUUCAAGACAUUGGAAUACAAGAGUGAAGUACAAAUGGACCGGGAACACGAAGAAAGAUAACGCCCAAUUAAAAAAAGAAAAUCCGGAAAUCAGAUUUCAACUAAAUGAUCCAACGGCUGAGUCCAAAAAUAAUCAAUAUACCGCAAACAAUGGAGGAAAAGGUGCACAGUUAAAUCCCAUUACUAGACAAGGAGGUGUACAACCAAGUACAGCUAAUGGUCGGAAUUAUGUACAGCCAAGUACAGCAAAUGUUCGGAAUUAUGUACAACCAAGUACAGCUAAUGGUCAAGCAACCCGUACCAUGACGGGCUACACCAACACUGAAAGAACUGGACAUGAUUAUGCAAUUGAGCCUUAUUCUAGGCCCAGCCUAGAUUUAACCCAAGGAACUGAGUUAUCGGGAAGAAAUGUAAACAGAGAUUUGAUCUAUCAGGAAGUAAAUGUAUUAAGAAGUGAAGAGAAAAGUGCAGGAAAUAAUUAUAGAAACGAACCAAACAGAUCAGGAUAUAUACAACAAGAGCCAAAUAAUGCUCAAGUGAAUCUAAGCCAAAAUCCACCAAAUAUGGGAGAAAACAGAAAUAAAGUAAACCAAGAAAAUGCGGGAAGUCAUCUAGCAGGGGCAGGAUUAACUGUCAACAAUGAGCAAGGGAAUAAUGGAGGAUAUACAAACAAUAUUGAAUCAAAUAAAAGUAGAAUCAAAGACAGAUCGUCUUCACAAGGUCGUAAAAUAGCAGAGACAGUAAAUCCUUUAUUCAGUAAAAUAUCUGGCAACACUCUUGGUGAGUAUUCAGAACAAACUUCAGAUUUUGACAUUAAAGGAUUAAAGAUGGAGGAAAGCCGAGGACCGUAUAAGUGGGAUUAUAUUGUCAUAUCAAAAUCUAAGAGAAAGGUUUCUGACUCAACACAAGGCCCCAAUGCUGUGCAGCCUGAAGUGAAAGGUUACCAAAACAAGGGAACUUUACAGUCUCCAACAACUGCAACAACAACAACAACAUCAACUACAUCAAGUACCCCAGUCACAGAAGAACCAACUUCCACAAGUUCAACAACAACAACCGAAGCCAUAACUACAACUACAACAAUGGCAGCUUCAACUACAACCACCGUAGCUACAACUACAACAACAAAAACUAUAACUACUACAACAGAAGCUCCAACUACAACUACAACAGCCGAAGCUCCAACUACAACUGCAACAACCGAAUAUCCAACUACAACUAGAACAACUCAAGCUCCAACUACAACAACAACAACCGAAGCUCCAACUACAACUACAACAGAGCCUCAAACUACAUCAACCGAAGCCUCAACAACAACAACGACAACAACAACAACAACCACUUCAACUUCUGUACCUUUAACAGCUGCACCAUUGCCAACUGUGUAUCCUAGUACAACCAAUACUGGUUCAGAUUAUUCACUCUAUCCAGUAGAUUCAAAUGAGGUUAAUGGAGUAGAUUAUUCUGAUGAUUUUCAAGAAUCAGAUGAUGUGACGACGAUGACUCCAAUAUUUGAGUUUACUCCUGUAACAGUAGCAUACAAUUCAGCUCGGGUUGGAAUAUAUAAUUCAGGUCAAUAUUAGCGAUAUAUAAUAUUA